GCAGGCGCGGUCGGCGGCGCGGCCGCCAUUUGGGAGCGGCCGGGCCGCGCUGAGGGGCGGCCAUGGAGCCCGCAGCCCGCCCGGCCGGCGGCGCGGGGCAGCCCCGCGAGUACAAGCUGGUCAUGCUGGGCGCGGGGGGCGUCGGCAAGAGCGCCAUGACCAUGCAGUUCAUCAGUCACCGCUUCCCGGAGGACCACGACCCCACCAUCGAGGAUGCCUACAAAAUCCGGAUCCGCAUCGACGACGAGCCGGCCAACCUGGAUAUUUUGGACACAGCAGGACAGGCCGAGUUCACAGCCAUGAGGGACCAGUACAUGCGGGCAGGAGAAGGGUUCAUCAUCUGCUACUCCAUCACGGACCGGCGCAGCUUCCACGAGGUGCGCGAGUUCAAGCAGCUCAUCUACCGCGUGCGCCGCACCGACGACACGCCCGUGGUGCUGGUGGGCAACAAGUCUGACCUGAGCCAGCUGCGCCAGGUGUCCAAGGAGGAGGGCUGUGCCCUGGCCAGGGAGUUCAGCUGCCCCUUCUUCGAGACGUCGGCGGCGUUCCGCUUCUUCAUCGAUGACGUGUUCCACGCGCUGGUGCGCGAGAUCCGCCGCAAGGAGCGCGAGGCCGCCAUGGCCCUGGAGAGGAAAUCCAAGCCCAAAAGCAGCGUCUGGAAAAGACUCAAGUCCCCCUUCAGGAGGAAGAAGGAUUCAGUCACUUGAAGAGCAAGUUUCCCUGCGGAUCAGGACAAAGCUGUGGCCUUGUGCAGCCGGCAGAGCUCGGUGGCACGCUCAGGGGCUGGGUGGCACCUGAGGGGACUUCGUGAGGGAGUGCCUGACCCUGCCACUUGUUUUUGUUUAGAACCAUGUUGCCUUGAUUCUGGGGGCUGAACUUCAGACCCGGUGACAGUUGUCCUUUGUUUGUUGUCAUUUUUUUUACUGGACCCAGCCACCAAGGCCCUCGGGUUGGUGGCCCUGCACUUUGGAGUGUUUGUCCUUGUCACAGUGCCCUGGGAGCUGAACUGUGCAAAACAUUGCUGGAGUUGGACCCAGCCUCUCUGAACCUGUGGUUUUCCCAGCUGGAAAAGAGGCUCUUGCUGCUCAGCCCACAGUGUGAGGGGCUGAACAAAGUGUCACGGCCUUGGGCUCACAGAAUUCCUUGUGUCCUCAUGGAUCAGAUUUUUUCCAGGAAAAUGGACAUGGAAUCCUCGUGUGCAAGUUCAUCCAAGUCAUCAGUGCUGGAGGGGGGAUGUAAACAAGCCAGAAUCACAGACUUCACCUGGAAAGGCCUCUGGGGUCAGUGCCCUGGCCCCAGGCUGCCACCCAGAGCAGAGCAUGCAGUGCCACAGUGACCCCACCACCUCCUGAGCAGCCCCUUCCUUCCAGAUCCCACCCCCUUGGUCCUAAAGGCAGCAGUGCAGGGACACCAAGGUGGGAUUUUCCUCUGCCCCAGCCCUGCAGUGGGGUGUGCUGGAGGAACCCCAGCUUGGAGCUCCUGCCUGUCCCAAACCCUGCUGGGAAGGGGGCACUGCCUUGCUCAGUCACUUCUGUGCCAUCCCAGAGGCAGCAGUGGCUUUGGGGAGGUGUUUCCCAGAGAAAAUGGCUGAGCUGAGGCUCUGGAGCCAGAGCUGCCCUUCCCUGCUGCUGCUGAGGCUCUGCCAGUGCCAGGGCAGGGAAACUGAGGCACAGCAGCUCUGGGCUCACUGGGCAGGUGAGCCAGGCCCCUUGUGGUGCUCCCAAAGAAGAUUUUGUGGGGAGGCAGAUCCUCCCCAUGUGGGGGGGCUCUGUGCCCUGGAGAUGAUCUGAUUUUCCAGAGUUCUGGGAGCAGUGCCUGGAGCUGGUUUGAUUUUGGGUUUUCCAGCACCUUUGGGGGCAGUGCCUGGAGCUGGUUUGAU